AUUAGACAGAAAGUAAGUCUAGGUGAAACAACCAAGUCUUCAGGCCAUAUGUGAAGAUGGAGUUUAUCAAAGAGUCCAUCAGUGGUGAAGAUGAUGCUCACACAUGCAGCACGAAACGAAAAGAUACUGAGGAGUGUGGAGAUCCGAUGGAAAUGAUACAGGCAAGUGAAGGAAUCGAUGAAGUGGAGGUAAAAUGCCAGUCUCGGAAGAACUCCCAUAAAGGAACUAUGAAAACAAGAACAAAAAAUGAUUUCGCCAGCAGUCGGUUUGAAGAAGGUUUUGCAGAAAACGGUCGCGACUCGCAUACCCCAGCAAAGCCAUUUAACUGCGAUCAGUGUUGUAGGAAAUUUGUUUUGGCAUCACACCUAAAGAGGCACCUUAAAUUUCAUUCAAUAGAAAACCCUUACUUGUGUCCUUUUUGUGGAAAGAGUUUUUCAUGGCUAUACUAUUUACAGGAGCAUCAGAAAACUCAUGGCAAUAUGACCAUUCAUGUGUGCGUGGAGUGUGGGAGUACAUUUACUAAAUCCUCUGACUUGCACAAUCAUCAAAAAAUCCAUACGCAGCAAAAUCGCUACAAGUGUUCAUAUUGUGGAAGACCUUUCAAUCAUUCUGGAAACAUGAAAAAACACGAGAGAGUUCACACCGGAGAGAAACCAUACCACUGUUCUUCAUGUGACAAGUCCUUUCGAUGCUCAAGUUCUCUACUGAAACAUAAGAGAAAGCAUUGUCCAAAGUUGUUUGAGUGAAGUUUAUCUCUAGGUCUGCCAUUGUAUGAGACACCCGAAGAUGACGUUUCUCACAAAACCGCUCUUUGAUUUCAUUGAGUCAUUUUCAACUCUGUAUUUUGUUUGG